UUUCGACAUUAAUGACCCAAAAGCGACAGAAGGGCACCGAAAAUAGAAAAUCUCGAUUUAUGUUUUGUAUAUAUAUGUUCCCUAAUCUCGAACAUAAUAACAAUCACAACUCUUUCCAUUCAAUACACAGUUACAGAACGAUGUCUUCUUCUUCUUUGUCUUGUUUACCUUCUUCGUCUUCAUCGCGAAUUCGACAAACCCUAGUCCAGAAAACUUCUUCUUUGAGAGCUACAAGCUUAGCCAAAAGACAAGUGACUGUCUUCAAGAAAGCUCAAGAGCUUUCAAUUCUCUGUGGAAUCGAAGUCUGCGUCAUCUACUACGGAUCAGGCGGAGAGCUUAAGACAUGGCCUAAAGACAGAGAGAAGGUCAAAGACAUGGCUCGAAGGUACAUUCAGUUAAGCGAUGUGAAGCGGCGCAAAGGACAAGACGAUCUUGAUCAGUUUCUCAAGAAGAUCGAUAAGGAUGAUUCUAAGAAUAAUAAUAAGAAGAAGAAAGUGAAACUUGGAUCCAGUUGCAAGUAUCCGGAUUGGGAUCCGAGGUUUGAUCAUUGCUCCGUGGAGCAGCUCACGGAUUUGAUUCAGUCCUUGGAGUGUACUCAAACCAAACUGCAACAUAGGAUUCGAGGUCUUGUUGAAUCUCAGAGACAGAGGAAUGUGCACUACACGAACAUGGCUGGUCAAGAACAGAUGAUUACUACUACUACCACUCCUAGGAUGAAACAUCUUCAACAACAUUCGAACCAGGUUUCUAUGGAUAUGUAUAACCAUGGAAUCAGUACGUUACCGCAACUUCCAUCUACAUCAGCUUUUAACCAAGCGCAAUCUCUGGCUCCGAUACCGAAUUCACUGGCGAUGCACCAGAAUCCGAAUAUGGGAAGUUACUCGAGGUUACUUGGCGUACAAGAAAGUGGUUUGGAUGAGAUCCUGAGCAUGAACAUGUUACCCUAUAACAGCAUCAACACCAACUGUGCUAAUGUUUUCCCAAACCUGUUUCAACAGAACUGUUACAAUAUGGAAGACUACUCUGGCUUUCUUGGACCGCAAGAAACUUCCAUCAACAACAUGAACGGUGAAGAUUAUUCAGGGUUGCUUUGGACGCAAGGAACUGGGACUAACGUGGACAUGUUCGGCUACAACAACAACAUCAACAACCCCAAUGGUUUUUCGCAGCAGUUUGUUCAAUAUCCGACACAAAGAGCACCGCCUGGUUUUCAAUACAUGGAUCGUUCAACACAAAGCGUCAGACCUUUUUAGGAGAUUUGAUCUCUGGCUAUGUGUCUUAGAACUUAGAAGCAUAUUCUUAUAUAUAUAUUUUAGAAGACAGUUUUCAUUCUCUGUCUUGUCAAUUGUGUCUGCACCGUGGUGACUAACUAUAUUAUGUGAGUUUGUUUUU